GUUUUAGAAAGUCAUUAGUUUGUUGCAAAAUUGUUUGCUGUCGAUAGUGAUCGCACAUGGGGCAGAAAGGCACGACAUGUCCUGUCACAAACACAACUGUUUCUGCUACAACCAGCUUGAGACCGACUGUACCAGAUAGACAAGCUUUUCAACAGGCACUGCGUGAAUGUAAUCAGAGUAUUAGCGAAACCGUUGCAAAGAUCGACGGAAUUAUCGGAAAGAAUAAUACUGCUGGAACUUUAACCAUGUUGAAACAAAGCAAGCAGGAACCUCGCAAAAGAAGAGAACAAUUGAAGGUUGAGGCUGAUGGGAUGAAAAUUGAAAUUAAUGAAAUCAAAAUGCUGCUCGCAGAAAAGAAUGCAUUGUUGUCCGAUAUAGAAAACGAUCUGGUCUAUAGGGACGAAAGCAGAUUGACAACACGUUUGAAAGAGUUGGAGGUUGCAUACUCUCAAACGAAGUUCACUUCUAGUCGUACUGAAAAAGCGCUCAUCAAGGAAAUCGACAAAUUGAAACGAAAUCGAGCCAAACUAACGCAAGUUUAUCUAAUUAUUCCACUGAUUUAA